AUGGCAUGGCAGCCAAAGCUUCGCCCCAAGGGCAUUCCCCAUAGUAUUGACGACUUUACGGCUGUGACCUCACUAUCCGAACUGGAACACCGGACCAGGACGGGCGAGGACAAGCGCGACCAGCGCGUCUUCCGGGUCAAGCGCAAACAUGUUCUGAAAGCGUGCGAUCGCUGUCGCGUGAAAAAGACCAAGUGCGAUGGGAAACAGCCUUGCAAUCGCUGCUCAGUAUACAACCACCCAUGUUUGUUUCGCGAGCGAAAGGCUACCCAGACCAAAGUAUACUCUCGGGGCUUUGUCGAAAUGCUCGAAUCCCACCACUCGCUGGUAGUCAAGGCUCUUCAGAAACUUUACAAGUUCUGCAUCAACAACGAAGGUUUCCCUGGCGAGCCUCUUGCUGAAGCACCAGACGGCCAUCCUCUCACGCACGCAAUUCUCGAUCGACUAGGGCUAAUCAAACAAGCCGAGGAGAACGCUGACGAACCAGAUGAAGAUUCCGAAGACCUGCGAUACCUGCGCAUGCUAUCAACGUCGACGGAAUGCAGCGUCACAGCCGAGCCCUCCCCUGAACCUACGACUCCUCCAGAAUCUUCGCAAACAACGCUAUCACACUCGACAUGCCCUAUCCCCACACCCAUGCCGGCUCGCAGCAAUACAGCCGAAAACUGGCAGUGGGAUCUCCAGCCAGUUCAGCAGCCAAGCUACAGCUAUCCCGACGCGGGAUACCAUGACCUGAUGGCCCUGCAGCGGUCGUCCAUGACUGCACCGGAUAUGUGCACUGAUAUCUCGCCUCACAUUGAACUAUCGGCUGGCCCUUUGCAUCUGCCGCAUCACCAGCAGCAUGACCCACCGUUUUCAUAUGUUCUUGAUGGCUGCUGUGAUAGUGCGACUGCACAGCCUGAUAUUAAGCCUGUUCUUACUCGACAUCAUAGCCUGACGAACACGCAUCCGCAUCCGCACCCGCAUUCACAUGCGCAUCCUCUGGCGGGCAAUUUGUCUGGUGAUAUGAUUCGCGACUUUCAUUUCCAGGCGAACGAUUCUGGGUUCUACCAAGGAUUUACACCUGGCUGGUCUUUUCCUCCAGGUUAG